GCGUCGACCACCUCUACAACUACUGACAAUACUUCGACUACCGCUAGUGACAAUACUUCAACAAGCACCACCACAGAAGAUCCAAGCUCAACCACAACCACGUCAUCGUCUACAACAACGACGACGUCGUCGAGUACAGAGGUGCCCACGACAACGACUGCUGCAUCGUCGACGAGCACAGAUGCAACGACUGCGACUGGCUCGACCAGCACUUCGUCGUCCUCAUCAACAGCAUCCUCGUCAGCAUCGUCCAGUUCGUCAACGACGUCAAGUAGCUCAGCGAUUUUGGCUGAUAGCAACACUUCGAGUACAGCGACCGAUAGCACCUCUACAACCACGAGUGACUCGACAUCCACGAGCACAACGACUGAAGAUCCAAGCUCAACAUCCACUACUCCCGCGUCCACUACAUCAACGUCUACUGACAGCACAUCAACGGCCGGUAGCGACACUACUUCAACAAGCACAACCACAGAAGAUCCAAGCUCAACUACAACUGCAUCUACUUCUUCUACAACCACCUCGUCGUCGACCACAGAGGCUCCUACGACAACGACUACUGCAUCGUCGACGAGCACAGACGCAACGACUGCGGCUGGCUCGACCAGCACUUCGUCGUCCUCAUCAACAGCAUCCUCGUCAGCAUCGUCCAGUUCGUCAACGACGUCAAGUAGUUCGACCACUGCGGCCGCCAGCAGUACUUCUACUACGGCGACUGGUAACUCUACAACCACUGGUGACUCGACAUCUACGAGCACAACGACUGAAGAUCCAAGCUCAACAACGACUACUGCAGCAUCAACCACAUCGACAUCCACUGACAGAACCUCGACUACCGCUAGUGACAGUUCUUCAACAAGCACAACCACAGAAGAUCCAAGCUCGACCACAACCACUUCCACCUCCACGACCACGGCAUCGACCACAGAGGCACCAACAACUGUUGCAUCCUCGUCGACAAGCACAGAUGCAACGACCGCGACUGGCUCGACCAGCACUUCAUCCUCAACAGCAUCCUCGUCAGCAGCAUCCAGUUCGUCAACGACGUCAAGUAGUUCGACUACUGCGGCCGCCAGCAGUACUUCAAGCACGGCGGCUGGUAGCAGCUCUUCGACCGCUAGUGGCUCGACAGCGACAAGCACAACGACUGAAGAUCCAAGCUCAACAACGACUACUGCCGCGUCUAGUACAGCAACGUCAACUGACAGUACGUCGACUACCGCUAGUGACAGUACUUCAACAAGCACGACUACCGAAGAUCCAAGCUCGACCACAAUUACUUCCACGUCCUCUACUACGGCCUCGUCAUCGACUACAGAAGUUCCCACGACCACAACCUCUGCAUCGUCUACGAACAGUAUUGCGACCACCGCGACAGACUCGACCAGCACUUCUGCCUCCUCGUCCGCAUCGUCCUCAACAGCAUCAUCCAGCUCCUCAUCGACGUCGAGUACUUCGACCACAGCUGCCGCCAGCAGUACUUCCAGUGCGGCGGCUGGUAGUACCUCAAGUACCGCCACUGACGCAUCAUCUACAAGCACAACCACAGAGGAUCCUAGCUCAACAUCGACUACUGCAGCGUCAACCACAACGAGUAGUGGGUAGGUUUCUUGUUAUUUA